AUGUUUUUGCGGAUAAAUCAAGAAGACGUACCUUCCCUAGUUACAUUGUACAUCAACGCGGAUCGAGCUUCACAACGUGCGACUAGAGGAAUUCAGUUUGAAAUUUUAAGUUGGUAUAGUUUGACACCAGAAAUUAUUGAAACGAAUCAGAGUCAAGUUCACAAAUGUGGGCAAGGGAAAAACUUGAAAGAACUCAAGCAUCCCGUUCCAGAAGCUGGUUUCGAUAAUUCAUUUCCUGAGUAUGUUGACGAAAAGAUUCUUAGAAAAAUGCAAUCUAAUAAAAUGGAU